AUGGCUUCUGUGGACCUGACUCGACGAGACGUAAACGUACUUGACAAGAUCAAGGACCCCGAAUCCGAUCCUUCGGCGAACGUCCUCCUCGACCCAUCCCUGCCCCGGGAUCCUCACAUCGCUGAUGCCGCUGUCUACGAGCGAGUGAUACAGAAGGAGCGUGAGAUCAUCAUGUCCAUGCAACAGCUCGAACUUCAAUUGGCAGGAUUGCGGCCGAGAACUGUAUCUGAACCAGUGCAAGAGUACAAAGGACUUCUCUCGAAGCUGGACGACUUCAUCGAAGCGUACCCCAACUAUGCCAGCGCGAGGAACAACCGCGUACAAGCGCUGAGGCGGCUGUACGGAGACACGAUGCUGUUGGCGGGAGCACCACCAACGCCGCAGCGGCUCGUACAGGCGCCCGAAAGCGCCGAGUUGAUCCGGUACUCAAAGAUCGCCCUGGAAGAUAGUGAAAAGUCUAUCUCCCUCUUGACGCCGCGUACAAUGUUCGGCGCCAUGUCGCCUCAGGCAGCCAAGACCCUAUCGCUAGCAUACACGCAGCGCGCCGCCAUCUACCACAUGACUGCCAAGCUCGUAGAGGAGCACAGCGUACAGGUCGCGGAAGGGAGGCGAGAAGCCAGCUGGACGAAGCUUGUGUUCGAGGAGGCGGCGUCUCGGGACUUUGCCUAUGGCGGAAGGUACGGCAACGAGAUCGCUAAGGGUCUGGCAGUGAGCACGAAUCCCACGGCGAAGCUGUGCGGGCAGAUGGUCCGGGAGGCGAUGAAGAAGGAGUAUGGGCCGUCCUACGGCGAGUAA